ACCGACACAGGCCUCUAUAACGACGCUCCAUUUGGCCCCGCCCCUUCUGCCUGACCCAAGCUUCGGAGCUCCAGAGUCCUACCUAACAGCACUAGUGUGUAACUACAAGACGUAAGAGCAUGCUGUGUAGAAUUGGACAUAUUCAAAGGUGUGCAGCUGGGUUAAAUCCCUUGCUGGGCAUUGCGGCCUCCAGACAGAAGCACACACUUCCAGAUCUGCCUUAUGACUAUGGUGCAUUGGAGCCUCACAUCUCUGCUGAGAUCAUGCAGCUUCACCACAGCAAGCACCAUGCAACAUACGUCAACAACCUUAAUGUUACUGAAGAGAAAUAUCAAGAGGCCCUCGUUAAAGGUGAUGUAACAACACAAGUGUCACUUCAGGCAGCUCUGAAGUUUAACGGCGGUGGUCACAUUAACCAUUCCAUCUUCUGGACAAACCUAUCUCCAAAUGGUGGAGGAGAACCAGAGGGUGAGUUGAUGAAAGCCAUUCAGCGUGACUUUGGCUCAUUCGAGAAGAUGAAGGAGAAGAUGUCCUCUGCCACUGUAGCAGUUCAAGGAUCAGGGUGGGGAUGGCUGGGCUUUGAUAAGGACAACGGGAGGCUGCGAAUUGCUGCAUGUGCAAACCAAGAUCCUCUGCAAGGAACCACUGGUCUCAUCCCACUGCUUGGCAUUGAUGUGUGGGAACAUGCAUACUAUCUUCAGUACAAAAACGUCAGACCUGACUACGUUAAAGCCAUAUGGAACAUUAUAAACUGGGAGAAUGUUAAUGAGCGCUUUAAAGCUGCCAAGAAGUAAAACCAUCACCACUUAAAAUUAAAACAUUUUUUUCAAAAUGCACAAACACAACACACUGUGUAACAAAUGUCAAAGUCUGUACUUAGGAGAAUAAAAAAGAGGUGUGUGAAAUACAUUGUUGUUGUUUUUUGCCAAAACUAAGGCUGUCUGUUAAAGUUUCUCAGAAACUUAAUUCAGUAGAAUGAUUGUUGAUGAAGAUUGAUGUAUGAUGCAAGUUUGAUUUCAUUAGGUUUAAUUAAACCAGUAAAACAA